AUGUAUGAAGACGGAAAAAUUGCUGCCGCAUCAAUGAAUAAAAAUGAACGUUUGAAGCAGUCGCUGCAUUACAUGAGGCCAGUCCAUUCCAAUUUGAGGGAAAGGUACCCGAAUGCAACAAAUGAAAAUACGUACGUCACGCAGGAAGUCAGAAUGCUCGUCGGCGUCGCUUCCAAUGAUACAUUUAAACGAGUGCGUUAUACGUCGCGAAAUGUCUCGUGA